UCGAGUUGGCAGCCGAACCAGUUCCCGUUACAGCUUUGUAUCGUCCAUCAGAUCUCCAGAACCACAACCCCGAGGCAGACAAAUGUCAAACGGUCAGCAGUCAACAAACAGUAUUGUGUACACCAACCAGGACACCCAUUCUGAGACCGGCCAAGCUACAGGGCCGAGCAACGGCCGGUCAAGCGCACCCCCAGCCGCUAUCAGUGGCCCGGAUGGAGCGAGGAAUGAUGUUGGCGUGCCCGUCGAGAGUCGAGCGCUUCGGAAAAGAGCUACAUCUCGACACACGAUUUGCUGAGAGCGCUACAGACCGUUUGAUGUCGCCUGGCAGCGAGAUAAGUAGUCCGGAGACCUCCUACGAUGGAUACGAUACUCCCAUGACAAGCCCGUGUUCGUCACCUGUCGCGCCUUGGCCACGGACCCCUG